AGUAAUCACCAUUCAGGUAUACAAAAUUGAGAGAGAGAGAGAGAGAGAGAGAGAGCGCAUGGAUUCAAAACAGAGCAACACCACCAGAGUCCUAAUGCUGCCAUGGUUAGCCCAAGGCCACAUAACUCCCUUCCUAGAGCUAGCCAAGAAACUCUCAACCAAAGACUUCCACAUCUACCUAUGCUCCACACCUAUCAUUCUCACUUCAAUCCAAAACAGAAUCUCCAAAACCCAAUCCCUCUCCAUAGAACUAGUGCCAUUCCACCUCCCGCCCACGCCGGAGCUCCCUCCCCACCGCCACACCACCAACGGCCUCCCGCCGCACCUCCUCCGCACCUUAAUAGACGCCUUUGAAAUGGAAAGCCCCAGUUUCUCCAAUACCCUCCAAACACUAAGCCCUGAUCUAGUCAUCUAUGACCUUUUCCGGCCGCGGCCCCCAACAAUUGCCUCCCCGGAGUAUAACAUCCCGGCGGUGGAGCUCUUGACCAGCGGAGCUGCGGUAGUUUCCUUUGGCUACCACAGGUUCACGAAACCCGACGAUGAAUUCCCAUUCCCGGAACUCCAGCUAAAUCCAAACCAAAGGGCUCCUGGAAGUGACCGUGCCUACACGAGACGUAAAUUAGAAAGCCCGAGAAUAUCGUGUAAAAUGACUCUGAUCAAUAGCUUCAGAGAACUUGAGGGUAAGUACAUUGAUUACUUACCCAAUCUAAUGCAGAAAAAGAUCAUUCCAACUGGUCCACUGGUUCAAGACAUUACCGAUGGGGACAAGGAUUCGGAGAUAUUGCAGUGGCUGGGCGCAAAAGAUGAGUCCUCGACCGUGUUCGUUUCCUUUGGAAGUGAGAGUUUUUUGUCCAAAGAGGAGAGGGAAGAAAUAGCUCAUGGUCUGGAGCUUAGCGGAGUUAACUUCAUAUGGAUUGUCAGGUUUCCGGCAGGAGAGAGAAUCGAGGUUGGUGAGGCACUUCCCGCGGAGUUUCUUGAGAGGAUAGGAGAGAGAGGAAUGGUUGUAGAGGGUUGGGCUCCACAGGCCCAAAUCUUGGCCCAUCCAAGCACCGGCGGAUUUGUUAGUCAUUGCGGUUGGAAUUCUAUAUUAGAGAGCUUGAAAUUCGGGGUUCCAAUCGUAGCCGUGCCCAUGCACCACGACCAGCCCGUCAACGCGAAAUUGGUGGACGCGGCUGGGUUUGGCGCGGAGGUCAAGAGAGAUGAGAAUAAAAGGCUGGAUAGAGAAAACAUAGCACAAGUUAUAAAGAAAGUGAUGGUGGAUGAAGAGGGGGUGGGUGUAAGAACUAGAGCAAGAGAAUUUAGUGAGAUUAUAAGGAAGAAAGGAGAUGAAGAAAUAGAUGGAUUGGUAAAAGAGUUGGCCCAACUUUGCACCGAGGGCAAAUGACUUGGAAAUUGAAGUUCCCACUGUAGUGAGUUUUCUUGGCGAUUGAGAUCUGUAAUUUGGUGUCGGAAAAUUUUAAAAAAUUAUGCACGAAAGUACUUUAAUUUUUUUAUCCUAAAAUUGUACGUUUUUUUUUUGUUUUGUUGAGAACCAACAAUAUGGGACGGGGGGAGAAGUAGAAACAUCCAAACUCGAUCUUAUUUCCCAUUAUGUACGUUUUGUAUACUUUGCUCUUAGAUUCUUUUUCAAUUCUGGAUGUAUCCAUGUUAUUCAUCUUUGUUUAUUCAAAAAUUGUUCCAGACA